AAGCAAAUAAAAAUAGAUGCUGUUUCCGAUACUUGUCGUUUUCUCGAAGAUAUGGUCAUCUCAUGGUUUACAUCGAUAAUCAUCAGAAGAAAUUUCUGAAACUCUCGGAGUCGGUCUCGAUGGCUGGCAGCGUAAACAAGAAAUAAGUGUGUGGCUUUUGUUCUUUUUCUUCCUGGUGCUGAAGUGCUUAGAUUUCCAGCUUUAGCUUUUCCUUUUCGUGGUCCAACCACCUUGGUGUUGGUUCCUCUUGUUGCCUACGAUAUGGCCACCUCGGUCCUCUCUACCCUGGGUGAAUUUCUGUAUGCUGCCGGGCCCGGCUUCGCGGGUCCUGGAACGGUACGGGAGCGCCAUCCAAGUUGGGUCGUCGGACUUUCCUGUUUUUCCUUCUGGGUCAACGCGGCGCACUGCUACUUCGUCUGGAAAGACAUUCUCUCCGGGGUCCUGUUCUUGCUUCAGGGGAGCGUGGCUUUCAUCUCCGAUUACCUGACUCUUUUAGGACGCGACGUUGAACGAACGUUAACCAGUGCUGAAGGAGAUUCGACUGGUACUAGUACGGGUGUCGUCGGUACUAGCUCUACCACGAUCUUCUCCUCCAGCGUGCGCGGCAACGAGCGGUCCCGCAAGAAGGUCCUGCUGGAGGAGCAACAGCAUCAAGACCGAGAUAGUAUUGAUGCUGGUGCAGCUAGCUCAAAUGCCAUGCCUGCUGUGUCCGACAGAAUGCGAAUGCGGCGGACGUUGCCAAUCUUUACCCACCGCGUGCCGCUUUUCUGCUUCAAUCACAAGCCGUUGAUAAACCGGAUCGACAAAGGCAUAGCGUGUUGCAUCAUAGUCUGGAUGCACGUGCUGGCUUGCCGGCACCUGCUCGCCUACCCACUGCUGACGGUGCCGCCGCUUGCGCUCUUCCUGGGCUACUCGCGACUGGCCACUACGCAGGACGACUGGAUCUGCCGACACUCCGUGUGGCACGUCUUCGCAACAUGUAUAUGUCGUGCGUAGCAGUUAUAUCAAUUUACAUGAUCAAGCAAGAGGGUUGCACACUCCGACGUCGGGCUGGCUGCCCGAUGUCGACCAGCUUCCGCUGGUUCUCUGUCCUCUAUCUAGAAUCUCCGCUUCGUCCGGGCUUGCCUGGACUCGGCGUUUUUUCCCCGCCCUCCCACCCAGCUGCUGCAGCUUCAUUGCGAGAUACCCUGCGGCACCCCCCGCAAGCCUCCCCAGAUGUUCGGUGGGCCAUGUCGUGUUCCACGGCUUGGCCCACCUUCACGUCCGGGGCGUGGCUCUGUGGGGUUUGAGAGCUUGGCUCGCGCGGCUUGCUACUUGUAGCUCGCUGUGCCGGCCGGGUUCUCUUCUUGCUCGCCAGUGUGACCGUCGCAGGGCGUCCCGCGACGAGGACUGCAGCGCGCGUCAGCACUGCCUUCGAUUAUCAUCGUUUCCGCGCGCUUUCGCUCGUUGGGUGAAUUGCGCCAGGAAUGUGAAUUUAUAUAAGUUAAAGCUUUCACAAAGUGUCAUGUCAUCGCAAGCUCGCACCGUAAACGUGAGGAGAUGAAAUAGAGUCCAGAUCCGAAGGGUGUUGAUGUACUUAAUCGUCGUAGUGGACAGCAAAAAUAAUAGAAAACAGAAACACAUUGACGACUUCAGGUCUCAUCAUUGUGUCGGUCCAUUUCGCCUACCUCUACGAGCACGAGGUAUGUCUCAGCCUCUACCAGACGGGAAAGCCAACUGCGAGAAGCGCGCUUGGCACCGGGCCAAUCAAGAAUUGCCUACUCGAUCACCUUGGUUUGAACCGCGAAAAGGUGCUGAGUUUGCAACAGAGACUGGCGGAUGGGGGAGGCUUGGAUGGCUCUGAGACCGUCUCUGAGGGUGGAGAACUCUGGUCCCUGGUAGGACCCCUGGUAUGGAACGCCGGCGCGCCUUUGACGGUUUUAGGAAUCAUUGUCGCCCUGGGAAGCUGAGACCCGCCGUGGAGGCCGUGGUCGUGUGUGGUUUUCUCAAUUGUGGUGUACAAUGGUGUCAGCGCAUUCAAAGACAAAGUGUUUUCUGGUUCCACCAUAGAUUUCAUUUCUACAGUGGUUCAUCUGUUCAUCAUAAAAUGAAAAGGAAGAGUCAAACAAGGUGAAAAAAUGCAGCUGGUGCAUACAUGCCCUUCUUGCACUUGCGUAUUCGUACGAAGGAGCGGUCUGUACUACACAUUCAUUCAAAGCCGAAAAGAAAAUGCUUGCGCUUGGUUAAUGUCCUACAGAUUAUUUUUGCAAGUAGUGCCCGCAGGCUGUUUUAGGAGCCGACGUUAUCGCAAUCGCAUUCAAUCUCAUUCUCAAAUUGGAAGCACAAGACCCCGCGAUGCUUCGCUUUGAGAUCGUGU